AUAAAGCUACCGUCAGGUGACAUGUCCAGCCAUGUUUGAGACAACGGACCUGUCUGAUUAGCCAUGGAUCCUCGCUCUAGUGCCCAGGAUAUCCAUCGAUGUGACCUUUGUGAGACCGCCAUAGUACACAGCUACUGUGACUUUUGUCAUGUCAACCUCUGCAAGACUUGUGUAGUAGAUCACAUCUCAGGUGAAUAUGAUAAGCACAAAAUAGUCCGAUUUCAGGAUCGAAGAUCAACCUUGAUUUAUCCAAAAUGCGUAACGCACACACACAAAAACUGCAAAUAUCAAUGUAAGAAUUGUGGUAACAUUUUUGUUUGUUCUUCCUGUACUGCAUCCGAACAACACAGGGGACAUAUAUUUGUUGAUAUUUUAGAAGUUUACAAAGCGAAAAAAGAAGUUAUUGAAAAGGACACAGAGAAGUUACAAGAUCUUAUUACCCCUAAAUAUGAAGAAAUUGCACUCGACGUGGAAAAUCAGCUUGCUAGUCUUGACGGAGGAUAUGAGAAACUUACAACAGAAAUUUUAAAACAAGGAAAGGAAUGGCAUAGAGAAAUCGACAUCGUUAUCAACAAGAUGAAAACCGAAUUGAGCGAGAUAAAAGUGAUACACAUAGAGAUUUUACAGAGACAUUUGAAUGAAAUUAAACAGACGCAGUCUUUCAUAGAGAAAGCGUUACUGGCUAUGAAGGAAACUAAGGAAUCUACAGAAGUAUCUCCAACCAUUGAGUACAGCUGUAAGAUCAAGGAGUUCAACAAGCUUCCACCCAAAGUUAAGGUUACAUUGCCAUCAUUCAUUCCAAAACAAAUAGACCGUGAGAAGCUGUAUAGCGUGUUUGGAUGGAUCACCCCACUAUCUACUGAUACAGAACAAGACCCCCAGUCACCAAACCAACUGCAAACAUUAGUCAAGGAAUUACUGAGUGAACCUGUUCUUGUUACCACAAUACAGACGGGGUAUGGCUCAUUAUAUAGUGUCGUACGUCGGAAUGAAGACAAGAUAUGGACGAGUGGAUUGUCCAAUGAAAUAAAAUGUUUCAACAUUAAUGGUUCACUGCAUCAAACAAACACCACUAAAUCGAGAAAACGGCCUAAAGAUAUAGCUGUAGACGUUAAUGGAGAUCUUCUGUACUCUGAUGAUACGUCUAAUACAGUAAAUAUACUAAAGAAUGGUCAGACAGAAGAGAUGAUCAGAUUACAUGGAUGGGUGCCUCUCAAUCUGUGUGUCACAUCUAAUGGUGACCUCCUGGUUACCAUGAACGGUGAUGAUAAAACUCAAUCCAAAGUUGUCCGGUAUUUAGGAUCUACAGAGAAACAAAUAAUUCAAUUUGAUGAUAAAGGUAUACCUCUGUACUCGGGGAAUAGUUAUAUUAGAUACAUCACAGAGAACAGAAACCAUGACAUCUGUGUAGCUGACUAUAAGGCUGGUGCAAUUGUGGUGGUUAAUCAGGACGGUAAACUUAGAUGGAGAUACACCGGUCAUUCUUCAGUUACCAAAAACAAACCAUUUGAACCUUGUGGUAUCACAACGGACAGUCAGUUUCAUAUUCUGACAGCCGAUAAAGACAACAAUUGUAUCCACAUUGUGAAUCAGAAUGGACAGUUUCUCCGUUACAUUGAUAACUGUGAUCUGAAGUAUCCUUAUGGUUUAUGUAUGGACAAUAAUGACAUUCUGUUUGUGUGUGAGUGUUACGGCAAUGUCAAGAAAAUUAAAUAUUUACAAUAGGCAAAAUGUUUGACAGUGUUUAAAUUAACUUAACAAUAUCAUAUCAUUGAGACCUAAUACCGGGCAUUUAGUGAAAUUAAUUUUAUAUAAGACAUAUAAAGUGAUUUAGUUUAAAAAAAAAUCUUUGCGUUGUGAAAAUAUCUUCUUGAAC